AUGAGGAUUUAUUGGAUGCAGUGGCAGAUUCAGACAAAAAAGGAAGAGGGUGCUCAAAAAAAGGAGUUGAAGCUUGUCUUCCUUUUCGUUACCCCUCGGACUGUAGCAUACUGGUGGAAUUUUCCGGGAGCAAGGGGGUGCUCAAACACACUCCGCUUCCCCCUAGAUCCGCCACUGAUUGGAUGUUCUGCUCAGGUUGCAGAAGGAUGGACAGCUGACAGAGGAGAAUCUCAAAGCAGUUCUUGUGGAUAUAUUCAUCGCCGAUAUGGAUACCUCGUCGGCAGGCUGUUUGCUAGAAGUUGCGCCUGUCUCAACGGAAGAGGUCCGAGCGGCGGGCUCCCCCACGACCGUUUCGCUCUCACCCUCAUGAGAGCUGAGCGGAGCGAUGUCAAGUCGCUCCAUUUCCUUGGCUGUUGCCGCCUCGAUCACGUCGGCUUUCUUCUUCAAGAUGCCGAACAGCACGAACUCCAUCACGAUGUUUGCUGCGAAAGCAAAGGAAGAAAAUCAGUUAGACUCAAAGUAAAGGCACAAGUAAACUCCUUACCAAGGCUGCUCGGGAGCUUCGUCCGGCUCAGACUCAGGCCAAACAUGUAUAUCAACCCCUCUGGUAGCAGCUAA